CUGACAGUCAGAAAAACCCUGAGAAAGAGAGAGAGAGAGAGUUGAACACCAACUUAUUUACCUCAUAGCGGGCAAUAAACGAAGUGAAACAAGCGAUAUGUAAAAGUCACCAGCUUCGAGGACGGAUUUAACGGGGUGUCGGGGACUUCAAGUGAAGAGAAGACGUCGUUUUUUACGGAUUUUUUCCCCUGUCAGAUGGGAUUGUAGCUUAGCUGGUUAGCCUGGCCACUAGCAGUAGCAGGCUAGCGCUCUGUGGAGGAGACAUAAGUGAACUUUCACACGUUAUAACGACAUAACACCUCAACGUUCACUUCUCGCUUUAGCUGGAUUGCUAGCUCGCCGUCACGUCAGUCUGUCAACCGAACCUGAAAUCCGGACGGGAUAGUUGAAUUCACACACGGGGGUCUCGAAAGGCCUCCUUAGGUAUACGAGCUUUCGGUGGGAUUCGAAGCAACAACCUGAGAUUAGACACUCGGUCGGUUCGGGGGCACCUUUUCCAGCCCCGAGUCCAUUAAGAGUCUAUUGAAGUUCGUCUACUGCGAGCCGGGGACGGAACCGGACAGAGACCUCAUGAAUGGAAAUCGGAACUACAGGAGCCGUUGGGGCCCAGUCCCUGUUCUCCGUGCCACGGAGGCCUGGCUAUGGCACCAUGGGGAAGCCCAUCAAGCUGCUGGCCAACUGCUUCCAGGUCGAGAUCCCCAAGAUGGACGUGUACCUGUAUGAGGUUGACAUCAAGCCUGAGAAGUGCCCACGGCGAGUGAACAGGGAGGUUGUGGACUCCAUGGUGCAGCAUUUUAAGGUCACCAUCUUUGGGGAUCGAAGGCCAGUUUAUGAUGGAAAGCGAAGUCUCUACACAGCCAACCCACUGCCUGUGGCACCCACAGGGGUGGACCUGGAUGUUACACUGCCAGGUGAAGGGGGCAAAGACCGACCCUUUAAGGUCAGCAUUAAAUUUGUGUCCCUGGUGAGCUGGCACCUGUUGCACGAGGUACUAACUGGUCGCAGUAUGCCGGAGCCGCUGGAGCUGGACAAGCCAAUCAGCACUAACCCAGUUCAUGCUGUGGAUGUGGUACUACGCCACCUACCAUCAAUGAAGUACACACCUGUGGGGCGUUCAUUCUUUUCUGCCCCGGAGGGCUAUGACCAUCCUCUGGGAGGAGGCAGAGAGGUGUGGUUUGGCUUCCACCAGUCUGUUCGCCCAGCCAUGUGGAAGAUGAUGCUCAACAUAGAUGUAUCAGCCACAGCUUUCUACAAAGCACAGCCAGUGAUUCAGUUCAUGUGUGAGGUACUGGACAUCCACAAUAUUGACGAGCAGCCUCGACCCCUCACGGACUCCCACAGAGUCAAAUUCACUAAAGAAAUCAAAGGUCUGAAGGUGGAGGUGACACACUGCGGAACCAUGCGGAGGAAGUACCGGGUCUGCAAUGUGACCCGUCGCCCUGCCAGCCACCAAACGUUCCCUUUGCAGUUGGAGAACGGUCAAACUGUAGAACGAACCGUAGCUCAGUAUUUCAGAGAGAAGUACAACCUGCAACUCAAGUACCCUCACCUGCCCUGCCUACAGGUGGGACAGGAGCAGAAACACACCUACCUGCCCCUAGAGGUGUGUAAUAUUGUAGCAGGACAGCGGUGCAUCAAGAAACUGACGGAUAAUCAAACAUCCACCAUGAUCAAAGCCACGGCACGCUCAGCACCGGACAGACAGGAGGAGAUCAGCAGACUUGUGCGCAGUGCUAAUUAUGAAGCAGACCCAUUUGUGCAGGAGUUCCAAUUUAAGGUGCGAGACGAGAUGGCCCACGUGACGGGGCGUGUGUUACCCGCGCCCAUGCUGCAGUACGGGGGCAGGGUGAGCUCUGAGCACUUUAUGAAUCGCACUGUGGCCACACCCAGUCAUGGCGUCUGGGACAUGAGAGGGAAACAAUUCCAUACUGGAGUGGAGAUCAAGAUGUGGGCCAUUGCCUGCUUCGCUACGCAGAGACAGUGCAGAGAAGAGAUACUCAAGGGUUUCACUGACCAGCUGCGUAAGAUCUCAAAGGAUGCGGGGAUGCCCAUCCAGGGGCAGCCGUGUUUCUGUAAGUAUGCACAGGGAGCAGACAGUGUGGAACCCAUGUUCAGACAUCUGAAGAACACUUAUUCUGGCCUUCAGCUCAUCAUCGUCAUUCUGCCUGGAAAAACACCCGUCUAUGCUGAAGUGAAGCGUGUUGGAGACACUCUUCUUGGAAUGGCCACUCAGUGUGUGCAGGUGAAGAAUGUGGUGAAAACGUCCCCUCAGACGCUCUCGAACCUCUGCCUCAAAAUCAACGUCAAACUCGGUGGCAUCAACAACAUCCUGGUGCCGCAUCAACGGCCGUCAGUGUUCCAGCAGCCAGUCAUAUUUCUGGGUGCAGAUGUUACUCAUCCACCUGCAGGAGACGGGAAGAAGCCAUCCAUAGCAGCGGUGGUGGGCAGUAUGGAUGCUCAUCCGAGCAGGUACUGUGCCACCGUGCGUGUCCAGAGGCCCAGACAGGAGGUGAUUCAGGAUUUGGCCUCUAUGGUGCGAGAGCUACUCAUCCAGUUCUACAAAUCCACUCGCUACAAACCUACCAGAAUCAUCUUCUACAGGGACGGCGUGUCUGAGGGACAGUUUAGACAGGUGUUGUACUAUGAGUUGCUGGCCAUUCGAGAAGCUUGUAUCAGUCUGGAGAAGGAGUACCAGCCUGGCAUCACGUACAUAGUGGUGCAGAAACGCCACCAUACACGACUCUUCUGUGCUGAUCGCAAUGAGAGGGUGGGUCGUAGUGGAAACAUUCCUGCGGGUACGACAGUGGACACCGAUAUCACACACCCCUAUGAGUUUGACUUUUACCUCUGCAGUCAUGCUGGAAUACAGGGCACCAGCCGACCCUCUCACUACCACGUCCUGUGGGACGACAACUGCUUCACUGCUGAUGAGUUCCAGCUGCUCACUUACCAGUUGUGCCACACAUACGUGCGCUGUACCCGCUCCGUCUCCAUCCCUGCGCCAGCAUACUACGCCCACCUGGUGGCCUUCCGUGCCCGCUACCAUUUAGUGGACAAAGAACACGACAGCGCUGAGGGCAGCCACGUCUCCGGGCAGAGUAACGGCCGGGAUCCCCAGGCGCUCGCCAAAGCCGUGCAAAUUCACCAUGACACCCUGAGGACCAUGUACUUUGCCUGAGCCAGCCCACAUUAAGCCCAUAUUCAACCAGUCAUGCACUCAAAACCAACAACCACAUACACACAGUCACAUCUCCCUCAAGUCUGUGCAUCCUGAAGGGUCGGUCUCUGUGGUGAUGGAAGCACCGCCACCCCGCCCAGAAAAUCUGGACCUGACACUGUGCAGCAGGAAAAGACAGGGCCUGCACGCUGGUCUUAGGAAGCAGACCUGCGUUAAUUCCCCAUGUGGACCUCGGCACUAUUAUGCAAUAUAAAUCCAGCCGACUGCGGCCGUUCUCUCAUUUCCCCUCCAAACCCUCGAAAAUAAUUAAAAGGGAAGCCCGUCUAGGUCCCCUAUUCUUUUCCUGUCUGUAGACAUAACAUUAAAUUUCUUUCCCUGCCUGUCACACCUCGUACCUCAACGUUUCCUAACAGCACUUUUCCCGUUAUCUCCCAAGAUGAGAUUUGAACGGAAGCGGAUAGAAAGACCAUGAAGGAAGUUUUGAGGAACGCCUGCUGUCAGAUUGAAAAAAUGCCGCCACACGGGCUACUACAUUUUAUCAAUGUACUCUUCUCCCGUUCUCAAUUAUUUUUGUAGCCAAUGGUGACUUAACGAAGUGUUCAAGUGUCAGUUGUGAAGAACCAAUUGUGCGUUAGCAUUUUAAAACAGAAAAAAGUUUUAUUGUUAGAAAAGUGCCAUUGCCAGGCGUAAAGUCCUUUGCGACGGACCCUGCCGGGGGCAAAACGCUAAUUGUAUUAUUUCAAAGCAAAUUUACGAUUUUACGCUCUGUAAUAUCUACCUGGAGUGGCCCUGAACACCAUCUGUGAGCUUUCAUGUACUACAACGCAAAGUUAUCAUGUUAUGAUUAAUGCUUUUAUUUAUGAUACAAAACAUUAUCCCCUAUUUUAUUUUAUUUUUUAAACACCUAAAUUCCCUCCAGUAUUGUUUUCAAUGCAGUUCCGAACAGAUUUGUCUUGUUCCCUUCCGUCUCAGUUUGAAAUGCAUAGUCCUUGAUAUAUGACAGAUCACAUUGUUACUAUCAUAGUUUAGUGCAAUAAUCCAUUAGCAGAUUGAGAAUACCUCCUCUGCGAAGACUCAAGGUUCGCUGGAAGUUUGUUGCGGAAGUGUGCGAUUGGAAGAGGCAAUUUAGGAAAGUUAUGGCAACAGAAAGCGAGUGAUGUGCAUUGAGGUUUGUUUUUAAGGUGGAGGUGUGCAUGUUUGGCACUUUUAUGUUGAGAUUUUAUUUUACAUAAGUAGGGGGCAUUUCUUGAUGUUUGACCAUGGAUGAGAGACUUUACAAGUGCCUGCUUCUAGAAAUGGUUGAUGUGGGAAGUAAAAGAAUAACGAACGCACCUCAUUUAGUCCGACCAAGGGCACAGUUGCAAACACAUUCAACUGUACAGCCUUAAUGAAAUCUGUUAAAAUGUGAGCCAGAGUGGUUUUGCUGGUUUAAUCAUACACUUAUUUUAUGAUGUUUCAACUCGUGUUUUCGGUACGAUUUUCAACGCCCUGCCUGUUCAAAGGAUUUCGCUGCUAUUAUACUUGUCAAAGUAAGACCGACUGAGCCAUGCUUCAGUUGGCAGCUCUGGGCACAUGUUCACGGAGAAGCUCCGACAGAACCUGAUAUGUGCUUAUUCACUGGAGGGCCAAUAGAGGUCAGUAUAGUAUUUUACUUGAAGAGUGUAUCUCGGUGCAGUGAGCUCGAGUGCCUUUCUUUCUCCGUGCCCCAUCUGAAGCAUGUCCAGCUGUGUAACGACGGUUAACUGCACUAAAUGAUGCAUAACGAGUGGUGCUAUUAGGUGCGGCCCAUGCAAGUAUCGGAAAUUGGCAGAGACUUCAUUCAUAAGGUGGGAACAUGGGAUGCAUAAAUGGUGCUCUCCUAAUGUCAGGACAGAUAUUUGAUUAUUAGAUUUAGUUUUGUUUAUUUGGAUAUUAAAUUAUAUUGCAUAGAAUGGUACAGCAAAAUGGCCACUUAGAAUAAGAUUACGGUCAAUUGCACGAAGCACUACACCAUAAAACAUGUAAUGAAGGUUUCCCCUCUUUACAAUUGACUGCCUCUGACAUUUCGAAGGUGACUUAAAACCUUUUCAAUAACAAUUUCAAUCCCUUUAAAAUGGUAAACUAUAUUUGCAAUAUGUAAUCCAAGUUUAGUUACUUAAGUUCUAAAGCAUAAAUUAAUAACGUUUUACUGCUAAUGAGGAUAAGAUUGGAACCGAUGCACCAGGUUGUUUUGUGGGUACCCAGAAGGGCAUGUUUUCCGACUCUGAGGCCUUGUCUUUUCACUCGAGAGGUUUGAGCAAUUUUGUGAGCAUCUGUGAGGUUUAAAACAGCAAGCAAAGAUUCGGCCACUGAAAUUGUACCCUUUUAAUUUUACCUUCCUUAUUGAAACCACUAUUGGUCAUCAGAAGUUAAACCGUCUGUGUGUGGAUGCCAAACAACUAUCAGUUUAAGAAGUAAUCUUGAUGAUGUGUCGUGAUUCAUUUUUGUGUAGUUGUAACUUCGUAAAUACUAAUACUGGCCUCUUAUUCUGAUAAAAGGUCUCUUUUAAAUGAAAAGUCCAGCCAUAAUUGAUAAUUUUGUCAUUUUCAUUUACAUAUUCUAAACCCGUACAAAUGUACAAAUUUUUUUGUUUUUUCUGCCAGGCUCCAAAAAGGACAUAAAGGUGUCUUAAAAGUUGUCCAAAUGACUUGUGCUUAUUAUUCCAAGUCUUUUGAAGUCAUUCAGCAGCUUUGUGUGAGUAACAAACUAACGUUUAAGUCGUUAUUCCCUGAGAAUCUUUCCCUCCGCCUUAGCUCUCGGAUCUCAUUUGCACUUCUGCAUAUUCAAACAUGACAUGAUGGGUCACAUGAGAACCAUUUGCAUUCUGUAUUAUUGACGUCAAACCUGCAAAGAUGCCAGGUGAUCUGUCUUAGUGCUCCAGAUUCAAAUGUGCUCAAGCGUGAAUGAGACUUAAGAGCUGUGAUAGAGGGAAAUAUUUUCAGCAAAUAACUACAAUUUUGGUGUUUGUCACUCAAAGCUAUCUUACGGCUUCAGAAAGCAAGUCAUACGGGUUAAGAAUGACAUGAGGGUGAGUAAAUGGUGACCGAAUUUUCAUUAAUGUGUAAACUAUUGAAGGAUCAAUACAUUUUAAUUGAAGAUUGUAUUAAGGAUUGAGCACCUUUUUAUUGCCGUUGUAAAGGAAGAUGUUUACAGUGUUCGCUUGAAUUAUUGACUUGGCCUGUAGCGACUUCCAUUAUCCAUAGAAAUGAUGGUCUCGUAUAACCAAAUUGCUUUAGAAUGUCCACAAACGAAAGGCAACUUAUUUUGUCUUGUCUUGUUAUCUCUUAUAUUUGAGCUUUAGGAAGGGUCUUAUUUUAUGGUCUAAUAUAUAAUGUGAGUUCAAAGUAGAAAGUGCCUUUUCUCAUGAUGGUGCUGAAUUAUCUGAAACUAAAGUGAGUGAUCAAAGAGCAUAUUCGUCUUAUUCUUACCUUGAAGAAGGUGUGCACACAUGCAAACACAUUUUUAUCUCGAUCAGGAGGCUCUUUGUACAUUCAGAUAUUACAAUGACAACAUAUAUGCCAAGUGUAUGAACGAAGGUUGAGCCCUGAAUCACACUGUAUUAGGAGUCUGGACCAAUGGAAGUGUUUAUAUAGUUGAAUGUGCUAUCUUUAGACAGCUCAUAUUAUAUAGCCUGAUCCUGGAGAGGAAAGCCCAGUAUAGCACUUUAAAGACUGCCACCCAAACAAAAGUCAAAGUGCUUUGCUCUCCUUUUAUACCCCUAUAAGCCCCUUUUUUCAUGUACUCCAGAAAAAGACGGCCUCUAGUUCUUGAAUUCUUUGCUGAGGGAGACUUGAACAAGAUUAGUAUGAUUUAUAGAGUUUUGAAGGUUUAGGCAGGGCACAAUUAUUAUCUUUUGGACUUCAUAAUGCCCUUUUAGUGUCAUUUUUUUAGUGGCUGGUCGCUCUCAAUGUGCAAUUGCCCAUAUUAACUUCAGUGAAUAAAGUAUAUGUUUUAUACGCAUUUACGACCCCCAUGGCUUGUAUGUGGCUCAUGGGUGCCCUGGGGUCCAGGAGGAUAUACCUCGAUGAGAAAUCUCAAAAACACUGCACCUCACUUACCUUAGUAUGCUGCAAAUAUUAUAGUGAAAGAAACUGCAAAGAGGUGAAACUCAGAAAACCUGUUGAGAACAUGUCCCGGUCAUAUUUUACCGCAAAAGCAAAGGGGGAAUAAGAAAUUAUGUUUUGCUUAAAGAAAAUGAAACCUAUUUUUAAGAUUUUUUUAUGAUAUUAUUUUCAUGGCUAUUAAACAACUUUAUCAUUAUGCAAAAAAAAAAAAAAAAAAAAAAUUGCAUUACUGCUAUGUGCAAAAAAAAGUAUUUUUGCAAAUUACGAUGUCCGGAUGUAUUGCACCCUGUGUACACUGGACAUGAGUGGCGCAUUGCGUCAAAAGCUUAUCUUUCUCAUAAUUAUCAGUGACGCUGUCUACACUGGAAGUGUCUGUUGCAGCACGUCACGUCGACAGUAACCGUUCUGUUUUGUGCUGCCGCUACUCCUGCAAACAAACAAAGAAACCGUUUAGAACGUUCACUUCGACGCGUCCAGUGUAGACAGUGUUUCACAGUAAUGAGAAUCACCAUUAAAAAAUAAUGCAAAUUAUGAAACAAUAUUGAAUGAACUGAACAAUAAAAUGUCCAGAUGCAUUACAGAUAUGAAAUUACGAAUUAUGAAAAAACUGAAUGUCUGAACACAUAUGAGAAUGUAAUGAGAAUUUUAAUUGCUUAAUUGUUAUGAAAAUAAUGUCCCGAUGCAAACAAAUAUGAUGGUCUGGGGCCUGGGUAGCUCAGUGAGUAAAGACGCUGACUACCACCCCUGGAGUCAUGAGUUCGAAUCCAGGACAUGCUGAGUGACUCCAGCCAGGUUUCCUAAGCAACCAAAUUGGCCCGGUUGCUAGGGAGGGUAGAGUCACAUGGGGUAACCUCCUCAUGGUCGCUAUAAUGUGAUUUGUUCUUGGUGGAGCACAUGGUGAUCUUAUCACAUGGCUUGUUGAGCGCUUUGCCGCGGAGACGUGCGUGUGGAGGCUCAUGCCAUUCUCCAUGGUAACGCGCUCAACAAGCCACGUGAUAAGAUGCGUGGAUUGACGGUCUCAGACGCGGAGGCAGCUACACCACCACGAGGACCUAGAGUGCAUUGGGAAUUGGGCAUUCCAAAUUGGGGAGAAAAGUGGAGAAAAAACAAAAACAUGAUGGUCUUAAAAAAUCCUCCUAGGCAAAAUUAUAAUUUCUUUCUAAUUUUCUUUGAUUUUGGUGUGAAUUGUGACCUGGACGUGAUUUUGCGGGAUUCACGCAAAUAUUACUUUGAUAACAGUAUAAUGCUUGAUUAAUGCCUGACAAUAUCCUUUUAGAUUAAGCAGUUUAAUUGUAAGAAAAGUAAUAGUUGUUUUUAUAUCAUAACACUUAUCAUUUCUCUUCUUUAUUGAGCCAACUUUUAUUUUGUUGUCCUAUUUAAAUGUUUUUUUUUUCUUUUGAUAUAUUGGAAAUAUAUAUGGGAAAUAUUUAAUAGUGUAUUUAUUGAGGGAGUGCUUAAAGCGGCUGGAGUCUCCGCAUUGUUGGCCAGAGUUACGGGAUGGGGGGGUGAGUUAAGGGGUUCGGGGGGGCGGAAGCCUGCCUCUCAUCGCCAACCAACCCUCAACUUCCUCUUACACACAAGCACAACCACAGAGUGGGCAGGGGUGGCACAAUCCUGCGGAAUGUUUGGAUUUUUGACGAAUUGUCUUUCAAGAUUGUCCACCAUUUGACAUCCAAAUCUCAUUCUUCAGCUCUCCAGCAAAGAGGCUCGGCACGUCCCACACGUUGCAUCUCAUCUCGUUAAGAGGAGAACUACACUGACUUGGUUAUUCCAAAAAAAAAGCGUAUGUUUUUCAUCUAGAGCUGCUAAACUCUUAGCCAUACAAGUUUCCCCAGCUUGAGGGUGAACUAGAAGGAUGUUGUUUUUUUUUUCUCUAGGUGCACCCGGUGCUUUUUACGAAGUGUGAAUCGGAUAAUGGUAUUUGUCCUUCGUCAUUUGCUUUGAGUUCAAUUGUCUUCAUGCCAGAGCCUUUGGAAGAGAGGGGGUCCCAUUCCACUCAGAUUUAUAAAUAUAAAUAUAUAUAUAUGAGCCUUAGCCUUAACGGUAUUCUUUUGUUUUCAUAUUCAACUUAAAAUGUUUAUAAAUUGCUUAAGUUGUGCAUAGAGAAGCAUACUAACUCCCUUGUUGCAUCUUGGUUCUCUUUUUAAACCACUAAUUGCGCGACGUUAACAAGUCCUGAUGUGUGCAAAUGUAAUCGCUCCCAGUCCGGCAAGAGCAGGGCAAGACGUCCGUACGUGAGAGACCAGUGUCUGUAUUUCGAAUCGUCGUGUUGUCACUUUCCAGGGGGACAGAGGCAUUGAGCUCCUGAGAAGUUGCACCAAAAUCGGUGACAGAAUGCAAGUCAAUUCCUAAAAAUGUUUACAAAAUAGUUUACCGAAACGUCAAGCUCCAGCAUUCCAAAAAAGGACUGUGAACCAUCAAACGCAAACGAACGGCAAGUCUGUCAGUUCUCCAUUUCUUUCGCAAAGAUGAGUGAUGCUUGCACCAAAUACCAUUUCAUGUCUCUUCGUACUAGAAGACGACUUCCGUGAUUUUUGUCGUCUUUCAAUGCAUAUGAAGAGCCAAAGUACAGUCGUUCCUGUCUGUGUGAGUUAAGAUGUCGUGUUAUCCAACCGGUAUCUCGUCUCAAACCAGGAGCUCCAUGGCUCUGUCCUCCCUUCUCUCCUCUCCGUGUUUGCAAAGAGUCUCUCUAAUGUACCAAGGGAUCUUUCUUUUACCUUGAAAUGUCUUUCUUUGUUUUAUAAUAAUCUCUUUGUAGAUCAAUGGCCUUUUAGUGUUGCUUUGCUUCAGUUUGGAGUGUAUCUUUCACUAAUACUUGCAAUAAAAAGCUUUGCUUUUGAA